AUGACGGAUAAAAAGCGGGAACCGGCCCCCAAACUUGGGUUCCUUGAGGAGUUUAUGAUUGGUGGUGUCGCUGCCGGUUUAUCCAAGACGGCGGCUGCUCCAAUCGAAAGAGUAAAACUGCUCGUACAGAACCAGGGAGAGAUGAUGAAGCAAGGCCGACUGGACAAGCCAUACAACGGUGUCGUUGACUGCUUUCGGCGCACCAUCAGCACGGAGGGCGUGUAUCCGCUUUGGCGAGGUAACCUGUCAAAUGUUCUGCGUUACUUUCCAACUCAGGCGCUGAAUUUCGCCUUUAAGGAUAAAUUUAAGAGGAUGUUCAAUUACAAAAAGGAGAAGGAUGGCUAUGGCAAGUGGUUUAUGGGUAACAUGGCAUCUGGUGGUCUCGCUGGUGCUGCAUCUCUUUGUUUUGUGUAUUCCUUGGACUACGUCCGUACCCGUCUCGCUAACGACACGAAGUCUGUGAAGGGUGGUGGGGAGCGCCAAUUUAACGGUAUUGUGGACUGCUAUGUCAAGACAUGGAAGAGUGAUGGCAUCGCUGGGUUGUAUCGUGGCUUUGUGGUAUCCUGUAUUGGUAUUGUUGUGUACCGUGGUUUCUACUUUGGUCUUUACGACACCCUUCAGCCAAUGCUUCCUGUGGACACAUUCAUCGUAAACUUCUUCCUUGGAUGGGCUGUGACUAUUGUGGCGGGGCUUCUUUCUUACCCGUUGGACACCGUUCGCCGGCGCAUGAUGAUGACAUCAGGUGCUGCUGUGAAGUACAAGAACUCGAUGGAUUGUAUGUUGCAGGUGAUUAAACAGGAGGGAGCUGCGUCCCUGAUGCGAGGCGCUGGUGCAAACAUCCUACGCGGUAUCGCUGGCGCUGGUGUACUUUCCGGCGUGGAUGCGCUGAAACCCAUUUAUGUGGAGUGGCGCAGAUCGAAUUAG